AUGUCGUACGACCGAGACGAAUUCGCGCCGUCCGGCGGCUGGACUUCGAUCAACCAAGAAACCCUAGCCCCCCUCAAGGGAAGCGACACUGUUCUUGACCUUCUUCGCUGCAUCCCCUACAUUGACUCUCCCAGCACCCUGGCCCCGUUUCUUAUGAAAGACACUCCCGUCACUGACUACCAUAGCGAGGACUUGCAAAGGAAGAUCCGCGAGGACUGCGUUGAAGGUCUGGUCACGCCCAUCACUGGUCAGGACCCGUCGCUCCCGCCCUCGUGCGCCGUAGUCGCUAUCUGCAGGGGCCGAAAUGGAUACGAGGUCAUACUGGACACCGCCGACAGUUAUAUCUACUGGGGAGAACCGACCGGGGGACAUGAAGAGCCUGCUCCCGUGCUGAACAGCACCCUGGAGCGGUUUCGCGGCGACCCGGCGAAUGAGUGGCGGCUCGCUGGAUUCAAUGUGUACGAGCCCGCUGGGUUCUUCGCGCUUUGCAAGAAGCGGUACCGAGAGCUCAGCUGGAUCGGCCUCGGGCCGUCAAACAUGUCCGCGAUGAGAAGAAAUAUGAACUGGGAGUACAAGUCCGAGACUGACUCUGAUUCGGACCCCGAAGACGACUUUAGCCACAACAAAAUAGCCAGGAAGAUGAAGAAGGCGGGCGGGCCCGGCGACGGCGAGGGGCGCGACUGGGAUCGGAACAAGUUUGAGAGACUACUUGACCAGGGGAAUGAUGCGCACCUCGUAUGGCAUGAUUAA